AUGUCGUCCAAUGUGAACACGUGGGUGUGGUUGGCGGUGGUGCUGCUGAUCACCAUCCUGCGCUAUGUCUCGCGCGCGAUGCAGAUGGGCGUCUCCCGAACCCUGCAGAUCGAGGACAUGGUCAUGGCAGGGACGGUGAUCUUCUACAUCCUGCUCACCGUUUUCCUCAUCGAGGUGGCCAAGCACGGCACCAACGAGAUCCCCCCCGACCAGUUCGGCGACAUUGACCCGUCCUCCAUCCCGGACCGCAUCACGGGCAGCAAGCUGGUCAUCGUGGUGGAACAAAUGUGGCUGGCGACCAUCUGGGGGUGCAAGGCGUGCCUGCUGCUGCUCUACUCGACCAUGACGUCGGGUCUCUCCCAGCAUCGCGCCGUCCGCAUCAUCGGGGCCUUCUGCGCCUUCAGCUUCGUCCUCAUCGAGGUCCUCUUCUUCGCCGCCUGGUGCCGCCCCUUUUCGGCCUACUGGUCGGUGCCCCCCAAGAACCUGCAGUGCUCCGUCUACCGCGACCACCUCAUCCUGGUGCUGUCCCUGAACAUCCUCACCGACGUGCUGAUUAUGGCCAUCCCGCUGCCUUUGCUCUUCAAGGCGAGGCUGACCCUGCUGAAGAAGGUCACCCUGCUGGGGGUCUUCUCGCUGGGGGCCUUCGUCAUCCUGUGCUCCAUCCUGUCCAAGUACUACUCGCUGUCCGAGCCCUACGGCGAGCAGUGGGUCGACUGGUACGUGCGCGAGGCGGCGACGGCGGUGAUCGUGGCCAACAUCCCGCAGACGUGGACCCUCUUCCGGCGCGUGUUCAACUGGCGGGCCUUCCUGGCCCACUCGUCGCACGACCGCAGCUACGGGGGCAAGUACACCAGCCGGCUGGACAGCUCGACGAUGCAUCUGUCGCGCUUCCGCGGCGGGGACCAGUCGCAGCUGCGUUCCACCAUCGACCGCACCGAGUCCGGCGAGCACAUCGCCCCGGAGCAGCCGCUGGAGAUCUGGGAGCAUCGUCAGUUCCACGUCACCAACGAGCCCGAGCCGGAGCUGCGGCCGACCCACAGUCUCAGCGACGGCAGCAGGGCCAGCCUGGAGUACGACCCGUCCGGGUUCCCCUCCCACCAGUCCAAGACCGUGGUGACCACGGCCACUCCCUGA